CCGAACGGCGGGGGGCGGCGCGGCGUGCGACUUUUUCGGUGGGGGCCGUUUCGAUGGUGGGGGUUAUAAAACGGCGAUAAGUUUAAAAAAAUAAAAAGUUUAUUAUGCUUAAUAACAUUGAAGACAGUUGAAUAAUAGGAAUUCGCAUUAGACACAGUGAAAGUAACAGUGCCAUUUAUAGUGAUUUUUUGCAGCGGCAACCCAACGGAACUGAGUACCUACCAAAUGAAAAGUUAGUAACACACCACCAUGGACAACUUGGAAGAUCGCAAGCACGCGCAGAUGCUGGAGAUCCUAAACAGCACCCGCUCGAUCAGCCACUACGACGCGAAAACCCUAAAAUCGCUGAUUCCGCAGAUCCUGGUCACCACCAUCCUAAUCUUCCCGAACAUCGUCGUCGGAAUCAUCUACGCGUACUCGGCAAUCCUGAUACCACAACUCAUGGAGGCGCAGAACAGUACGGACCCAGACGUUCUGCGCGUGUCCAAAACGGAAUCGGCGUGGAUCACGAGCUCGGCCAUGUUGAGCAUGCCAAUCGGCGCCAUCACCGGCGGAAUCAUCAUGGACAGUCUGGGAAGGCUAAAUCUGCUCAAGCUGAUGGUGAUACCCUGCAUCGCGGGCUUUGCAAUCAUCGCGACCGCCGUCAAUGUCCCGAUGCUGAUCGCCGGACGAAUGCUCACCGGUGUCGCCUUGGUUUGGGGCUUGAAUCCCGGAUCGAUUUAUAUCGCGGAGAUUAGCCGGGCGGACGUUAGAGGGCCGUUGAGUGCGUCUUUGGUGCUCAACCUGUCAAUCGGUAUGGUGCUGGUGAUGAUCAAGGGUUGGUUUCUUAGCUGGAGAUUGGUGGCGUGGUUGUCGAUUAUAUACGUGGCCAUCUUCAUCAUUCUGAUCAUGUUCAUACCGGAAAGUCCGGUGUGGUUAGUGUCGAAAGGUCGAAACGAGCAGGCGAAGAAGUCGCUGGAGUGGUUUAACAAGUACCAGCCGCAGCUGGAGCACAAACUCGUCACGUAUUCCGAGAUGCAGCUAUCCGCGCUGCAAAAGGAGCACCUGUUGAAGACGAAACAGAAUGAGCAGAUGAGCGGGAGUGGAUUCACGAAGAAGCUGAAGAUGUUCUUGAAGCCCACCGGGUAUAAACCCUUGCUGGUCUUGUGCGGGCAGUUCUUCUUCCAGCAGUUCUCGGGGGUGCACAUGAUUAUUUUUAAUGGCGUCAUCUUCUUCCAGGCAAUGGGUACAAAUAUGGAUCCGUACCUGGCGUCAAUCUACAUUGGGUCUGUGCGUUUGGUGAUGUCGGUGGUGUACACGUGGUUAAUGAAGCGGUGCAACAGAAGGCUGCUGAUGAUCAUCAGUAAUAUUGGCAUGGCGAUCAGUAUCGCCUUGUCAGGGCUGUUCACCUCGUGGAUUCAACAAGGUACGACGACGCACACCUGGAUGCCGGUCACCAUGCUCAUGUUGUAUUUCGUCUUCGCCGCAAUCGGCGUCAUGUUCAUGCCGAUAAUGAUCGCGUCGGAGGUCUUUCCGCUUGCAAUCAGGGGAGUCUCGCAGAGCAUAGUCUCGGCGAUCGCCCAUCUCCUGAUGUUCGCCGUUCUUCAAAGCUACUACGCCCUGGACGAGGCAUUCGGCGGCUCCUCCGGGUUGCAGUACUUCUUCUCCGCCAUGUGCGUGGCCGGCUUAAUCUUCUCGUACGUCUUCAUGCCGGAAACGAGGAACAAAAAGCUGACGGUCAUCGAGCAAUACUUUGCCAACAACACCGUCUACAUUACGAUGCCAAAGUGUGAUAUAAACUGUGCCAAAACGAGUAAACAAGACAAUACUCUCGUGGAAUCUUUAGACACGAAAAAUUAGGCCGCUGUGAUCUUUAGUGAGCUACUUUAGUUACCUUAAACGUAAAGUAUUAUAAAUCGUAUAUUUUGAAUAUAUUGUUAUUAACAU